AUGGGCAUCCUUCUACGGCGCGAGACCUGGUCAGUCCAUCCGAUCCAGCCGGAUUUUUGCUACGUCGAUGACUGGGGGAUCGAGCGGUGUGAGACGUCCUGGUCUAGCUGGGGCCGAUGGGUCGCCUUUGCUGUGAUUGUCGCCAUUUCUUUCAUCAUCUUCUUCCUCUUCGCAUGGCUCUCCGCCCGUGCUCGCCGCCGACGAGGCCUGAAUCCUUACCCGGGUACCUCCUGGAUGGCACCUCCGCCGUACAACUCACAUGACUAUUCCAACCCUCCGCCGCAAUACUCGCCCAAUCCUCAUCAGGGCUACUACGCUCCCAACCAGGGCCAGGGAUACUUUGGGGGUCAGCAGACGGGGAUUGAGUUGCAACAGCCACCGAAUGCCUACCAUGCCGGAGACCAGGUCUACCCGCCGCCUCCAGGCCCUCCUCCCUCGAAGACUUUUGCGAAAUAA